AUGCGGUUCGUGUCAAGGCUGCACGUAUGUGCUGCCCUUGUUAUUUUCACGAUUUUGUACAUCACUUGGAUGAACUCAGCCGGCUUUGAGGAAACUGUACAUACCGUAUGGCGUGGAAGUGCGCAUCGCAUCGUGGUGUUUGGCAAUGAUUGGUCCGACACUGGCAGUUACCGUGUCUCGUCGCCAGCGUUAUCUGCUAUCGUUGCUCGCGACGCGGAUCGAGGCGAUUUGUGGGUAGAGACAUUAUGCAAAGAGCUCGAAUGUGACACUGUUGACAACUUCGCACAUUCAGUGCCAACGGCGGCUGAUGGGGCACAGACUGGUGCUUUGGUUGACGCUGCAGUCUAUGUGGAAGCCAUGGGCUCAGAAAGCAACAGUAGCGCUGUCAUGUCGUUUGACUUCAAGGCACAAGUGGAGCAGUUUGUCGCAUAUAACAAAGGAAGACAGCUCAUCCCGCAACGCCUACGUAAAGAGGAUGAGUGGACAUUCUUCGCAGUCUACUUUGGCCUCUGGGACCUUCUGGAGUACUCGACACUGGAGAAGAGUAUUGCAAUGUACGCAAUUGAUAAGAGCAUCACAUCAUUAUUUCACCAACUUGAUGUGUUGGCUGCAGACGCCCCUUUCCCACCCAAGGUCGUCAUCCCGAAGAUGAUUGACGUUAGUUUCCUACCUCGGUUCCAGAUGAAGAAGAAAGCUAUGCGCGAGGCCCAAUUCGCGGAGAAUCAGCACCGACUCAUCUUCUUGUGGUCUUAUUGGAAUCUGGUUUUGCAUCGGACUGCGAAGAAUUGGAAGAACGGUAUAGUGUACAUGCCAGAGGCGAACGAGGCGAUCAUGCAAGAGGUCCGGGCCAAGCAACUUCACUCGAAACAACUCUCGGAUGCGUUUGGUGUUGGCAAACAAACGCCUCUUUUUGAACACAUUGAGCAACCAUGUCUAGCUUCGCAGCGGGGAAGUGCGGGCAGUCUGCAAGCAUCCGACGUUCAAAAAUGCUCCACGCCAGCUGAGCACCUAUUUUGGGAUGACGUUCAACUCAGCGGUCCGGCCCACGCACUAAUAGGGAAUCAAGCCGUCAGCCUCAUCCGCGGAAACCAAUCUUCCCCUAUAGAUGCCGCGAAGCCCCCACAGAGUUUGCGCAAGAGUAAUCGGAUCCAAGAGACACGCUCCAAUUCAAUACCUAAUCUUACCACCGAGCGCAACUACGAGGACGAUCCAUCACCGACUGGCACAUCGUCUCCUCGGUCUACAAGGAAAAGGCAUGCUUGCCUUGUGGAAGCAUCUGAGAGCGAGGAAUCUGGCAGUCCGACAGAUGAGAAGCCACCUCCGAGUGCCACAUCAACAACUGCUGGGUCUCCGGACUUCGUAGGCCACGUCUGUCUCUGUCAGCCAGAACCAAAGAUACCCCGGCCCAGGAAUGCAUUUAUCCUCUAUCGGCAGCACCACCAGCAGGCUAUCAUUUCACGCAACCCUGGUCUCAACAACCCUGACAUUUCCAAGAUCAUUGGUGAACAGUGGAAGACUGAACCUGAAGAGCGCAAGAAGAUCUGGCAAGACCUCGCACAGGAGGAGAAAGCUAGGCACCAGGAACAGUAUCCUGAUUACCGAUAUCAGCCGCGUCGAAUAGGCAAAUCCGGUCCAUCGCCUCUGAAUCCUUUUGGCCAGCAUACCACUGUUGACAAAUAUCGUUGUCAACGGUGUGGCGGUCGCAGUAUCAAGACGCCUACUAGUCCAUGUCUUGACCCUUCUGGUAUCCCUAUGUUGCCCCCUCCUAAUAUCACUGAAGGCAUCACACCAACAACUCGCUACCUACCAGUGAUCAGCAACCUUAGCAUGGAGUCACCUGUUCACCCACGGGGUCACGGUCCUCCGAAUCUCAACCACCUCAAAUUGAGAGUCACUUCGGGGAUACGCGACGACUCAGCAGCCCCGAGCCCUUCUACACCGAACAAGAAACGAAGGUUUGAAUAUGGACACCCACACCCUGCCCUCGGCCUCAGAGCAGAUGGGCCCUACUUUCCCUCGACACAGUAUGCCAGGCGCGAAUCUUUACCUCCCAUUCAGAUACGGUAUUCGCCCCCGAACAGCGCGACCAUGCCGCCUCCCCGCACACCUCGUGAUGGAAGGCUCUCGAUAGUGGAGGUGGGACCGUCGUCUCACAGCUCCAGCCCUAAAAGCGUAGAAGAAGUUCUUAGUGCCUACGCGUACGGAAACAAGAUCAAGCUUCUUGGCCGCAUAACCCCUCCGUACAAGGAGCUCAGGGAGGGAAUGCCAUCUGGUAAAGAAGGCCGUGGCGCCAUUAUCGCUAUCGAAGGUGACGAUCUGGCUGCGGUCAAGGAGCUUUCAGAAUGGCUCAACGAGCACCUUGCCAAACAAGGCGAGUUCAAGCCCCAAAUCAACGAGCCACCAAGAGUUCCUGGCAACGAUGGCAAGGAUGUUACUUUCGACGAUUAUCUCGACUUGAUCAAGGAGUGGCAUGGCAAGAGCAAAGAGAUGAUUGAGUAUAUCACCACUACUUCUUCCGCCGCUUCCCCUUGUCAAGAUAUCAUGUCGGACAAAGAUGCUUCUACCAACACCACCACCUCGCGCAAAGACUCCGCAAUGCUAUGCGACUCACCCGCUGCGACCCUAAAGCCCGUCAUCAUCCUACCUACCUUCCAACUCCAUGCAUCUGUCGCAUACGCGUCCCGCAUCCCCAUUCAAGACGCGUAUAGCGCAAUGGAUCAUUGGCAGUGGAUGGCUACGCUCUGGCGGGGAACCGUGGGCCCGGAUCUCACCCUGUAUGUCAAGAGCUACGAUGCCAAGGAGGGUCAGAUCGGGCAAAAGCCUGAAAUGGACGAUCCUAGCAGGUGCUACACUGUGUUCAAGGAGAAGGAAGGGAAGUUUACCGAGCCCGAUUUGAGGAGGGUUGGGUUUGAGGUUGGGGAGUGCAUCAAGGCUAUCAGGUAA